AAGAGAAUACGCAUUAGAUAUUUUUGUAUCCAUUCAUCCCAAUUUUGAAGGCGUUUCUUUUGCUGUCUCUCGUCUUUGUGGCGUUUAGGGUUUCUCGAUCUUUUCUCAACAACUCUCUCUCUCUUCUUCGUUUCAGGGUUUUACUCUUUUCUCAACACAGGGUUUGAUACUAUGCGAUCUUCAUGGGCUGAUUUGGCUGCAAAUUCCGCGGCCGAAAAUGCACCACUUCCAACUUCGGCUAACAAUGCAACCUCUCAACCUCCUUCUCGCCCUGUUUAUGUUCCUCCUCAUCUGAGGAACCGUGGAGCUAACGCGCCGCCGCCGCUACCUGCUUCAGCUUCGUCGGGGAAUUUUAAUGCUCCGUCUGGGAAUGAAAAUUCCGGAUCGCGUUGGGCGCCGCCGCAGAGGAACGAUUACCGUGGUCGUCCUGGUGGUUUUGGGAACAGGACUGGUGGUGGUGGUUGGGAUAGGCGGGAGGCUAAUCCUUUUGCAGAUCAGGAUGAUUCUGAGGAGCCUGUUACUCAAGAGGAGCAGGAGAAUACCGGGAUAAAUUUUGAUGCUUAUGAGGAUAUUCCGGUGGAGACUAGCGGUGGUAAUGUUCCUCCGCCGGUGAAUACUUUUGCUGAGAUUGACUUGGGGGAUGCGCUUAAUGAGAAUAUAAGACGGUGCAAAUAUGUGAGGCCUACGCCGGUUCAGCGGCAUGCAAUACCGAUAUCUCUUGCGGGAAGGGAUUUGAUGGCUUGUGCGCAGACUGGUUCCGGAAAGACUGCGGCUUUUUGUUUUCCAAUUAUCAGUGGAAUUAUGACCGGACAACCUGCGCAGAGGCCGCCUCGUGGGGUGCGGACUGUGUGUCCACUUGCCCUUGUUCUCUCUCCAACUAGAGAGCUAUCGAUGCAGAUUCACGAAGAGGCUAGGAAAUUUUCGUACCAGACAGGGGUUAGGGUGGUUGUUGCUUAUGGUGGAGCUCCAAUAAACCAGCAGCUACGAGAGCUUGAGAGAGGGGUGGACAUUCUUGUCGCGACUCCUGGAAGGUUGGUAGAUUUGUUGGAAAGAGCUAGAGUUUCACUGUCGAUGAUUAGGUAUCUUGCCUUAGAUGAGGCAGAUCGGAUGCUGGAUAUGGGUUUUGAGCCACAGAUAAGGAAGAUUGUGGAACAAAUGGACAUGCCUCCAGCAGGGGCGAGACAGACUAUGCUGUUCAGUGCCACUUUUCCAAAAGAGAUACAGAGACUAGCCUCCGAUUUCCUUUCAAAUUAUAUUUUUCUGGCUGUUGGAAGGGUGGGAUCAAGUACCGAUUUAAUUGACCAAAGAGUUGAGUAUGUUCAAGAGUCUGACAAGAGAAGCCAUCUCAUGGACCUUCUUCAUGCACAGAGAGCAAAUGGUGUACAAGGAAAGCAAGCUUUGACUUUAGUUUUUGUCGAGACAAAGAAGGGAGCUGAUGCUCUGGAACACUGGUUGUGUCUUAAUAAUUUUCCAGCAACUACUAUUCAUGGUGACAGGACACAACAGGAAAGAGAAUAUGCAUUAAAGUCUUUUAAAAGUGGCAAGACCCCCAUAUUGGUUGCCACUGAUGUGGCUGCACGUGGUCUUGAUAUUCCUCAUGUUGCCCACGUAGUUAACUUUGACCUUCCCAAUGAUAUUGAUGAUUAUGUACACCGUAUUGGAAGGACAGGGAGAGCAGGAAAGAAAGGUCUUGCUACUGCAUUCUUUAACGAAAACAAUACAUCUCUCGCAAGGUCUCUAGGAGAUUUGAUGCAAGAAGCAAAUCAAGAAGUACCUGCCUGGCUUUCGCGGUUUGCUGCACGAUCAUCCUAUGGCGGAGGAAAGAAUCGUCGAUCAGGAGGCCGAUUUGGUGGUCGUGACUUUCGAAGAGAAGGUUCAUUUAGUAGGGGUGGUUCUGAUUACCAUGGUGCAGGAAAUAGCAGUGGUGGAUAUGGGGCUUCUGGUGGGUAUGGUGGUGGAUAUGGUGGCGGGUAUGCAGGAAAUAGCGCGGGUCCUGGGGUGACCAGUGCAUGGGACUGAUUUUCAACUUUUGAUAGCAUUAUAUACUGUCUAGGUAUUAGGUGUGAGAACAUACACCUAUAGAAUUUAUUUUUUUUCUCAAGUUUUUAAUUUUAUUUUCUUUUUCCCUCCUAGUGUUUUCAAGCCAACAUAAUUUCUUGUGGUUUACUACGCUAAUCGCCUAGGAGAUGUGGGUGUGUGUGGUAUUAUUACCACUUGAAUAGAGGUUGUGUAGUGUUAGCAGGUGUUGUUGGAAAUGGCGAUUACUAACAUAUUAGGAGUUCCUUUUUUGACAGCUUUGUGUAACCAACAUUUUGGGUGGUUAUUUGUGGGAGAAGAUGUAGAAUAUGUGGUGAGAGAGGGUUGAUUGAGGCUUUUCAUAUAGUCGUAUCUAUUUAUCUCUUGAUCAUGUUUCUACCGAAUAUAUAUGUUGUCUUUUUAACAUUCCCUACUUGGAUGGGUAAGGUUUUGUAAUAGUUAUUAGUAGUGACAAAUGAAUGAAAAGUUAUCUUGCUGGA